AUGACAAAUUCACCAGAGCUAAUCCGCUACCAACCGGUACUCCGAGAUCGUCAAGACACUGGCCCUGACAAAAAGAAUGCAAUUGAUCCAAAAGUAGAGGAAUUUCGAAUGGCACCCCUUGUUUGGUGGAAUGUGAAGGAGCACGUUGAGCCCCAGCAACAGGUUCAACGUGGUUACGCGGUACUAGGCCAUAUUCCAGAGGCUGACAAUGAACCACACGACAACGCAUCCAUCCCUAGUAGCACAACGCGAACCCCGGUUCUACUAAACACCGACUCACCCUGGUCUGCAUUCCUGUGUGGUUCUCAAGGGUCUGGAAAAUCGCAUACUCUGUCGUGUAUGCUCGAAAACUGUCUUUUGACCGACAAAAAGAUCCUUUCUCGAGUUGGACUAAAUCCUCACCCACUCGCCGGACUGGUGUUUCACUACGAUCGGUGCCAGGGCAGCGGAGUUUGUGAGGCCGCCUAUCUUUGCACCAACAUUUCGACGACUGUUCUUACAAUACUCAUGAUUCUCCGCAAAAUGGCUAUCAAAUCACAAGGUCUCGGCAAAUUCGACUACAUCACCUUCAAGAACGAGCUAUCAGCCACCAAGUUCACCAGCGCCCAAGAUGGUCCCAUGAAACUCCGCCUUGACCUACUUGAAUCAUUCAUGAAGCGUAGCAAGAACGGCGCUAGUAUUCUGGCGAACACCGAAAACGACUUCCUGACUGGCACUCCAGGUUCUCUCACCAUUGUAGACCUAACAGAUCCUGUCAUCGACGCUGACUCCGCUUGCGCGCUCUUCGAUAUAUGCCUCUCUGUAUUUAUUCAGCAGACGCAGUGCGGAAAGAUUGUCGCGCUGGACGAAGCGCACAACUACAUGACGGAAGGCAGUAGUGCGGCUAAAGCCUUCACUGAGAAGCUCUUACGGACAGUGCGUGAGCAGCGACAUCAAGCCGUCAGAGUCGUUAUCGCAACCCAGGAACCUAGCAUCAACACGCAGCUGUUGGAUCUGUGUAGUAUCACGAUGGUGCACAGGUGUACGAGUCCUGCAUGGUUCAACGUGCUUAAGCGACAUGUUGCAGCGCUUUAUCUGAACUUGCCGACGUCUUCUCAGGCUGGAGCAAGUGGCGGAGAGAAGGCAGAAAUGCUUAAGGAUGAUACAGAACUUUUCCAUGAGAUUGUUCGGUUAAAGCUUGGAGAGAGUUUGCUGUUCUGCCCGUCAGCUGUGGUUAAGGUUAUUGGAGGAGAGAUAGGAAAGAUGGAGGGGAGGUACGUCAAGUUCAAGACGAGACAAAGGGUCACAGCGGACGGGGGAAGGAGUAGGCUUGCUGCUGAAGGAACUUAA